CACGGGACCUAUGUUACAUUCCCGACCGAGUGACCGUUACAAAAGGCCCUUUUCAGGGCCACAAUAUGAUUCUGUGAUAACGUUAUAAGUUUCAUGGCAUAACGCAUACGUAUACGAACGUCUUUCGAUAAUAUGAAUGAAAAUCUCAAUUAAUUAUCCUAUAAUACUACUUGAUAUCCUACAAUCAUAUUGAGAUAUUUAUAUGCAUAGUUCUCAAUUGCGAGAACAUUAUGUUACAAGUAAUAAUUACACACACACAUAUCGUAAUAAUUAUAAAUGAGAUUCCUCGUUAUGGUAAUAAUUGAAUAGGGAGAUAUCGCAAGAUGGGAUUUCUUUCUUUCAUUUAUUUAUUUAUUAUAUAUACUUUUAAAAACAUUUAACAAAUGAUAUUGAUGACUCUACAAUACGCUGAAAGUAGUAAGCGUAAUGAGUUUUAAAAAUCCUAAGUAGGUAAGUAAACAAAUGGAUUUGUUACGUUAUACGAAUAAGGACUAAUAAUUCAAAAAUACAUAUAGUUACAUACAUAUUACUAAAAUAUAUUUUUAUCAAACUAUACUAACCUAUAAUAAUUAUUAUGUAUAAUAUCUGACUCUCCCCACCAUGCCGACCGACGCGACGAUGCUAACAAUGCACGAACGCUAUUGGUCGAGAUACAGAGGGCGCGUCGCUCGAUCAUUAAUCCCCCAUUUCACGUCCGACGCGCUAACAAAAAGCGGAAUUUCAAAAUUGCGCGUUACAUUUCCAGUUCGACUCUCGUACUGUAAACAUCUAACUUAAUCGCAAUGCCACCCAAGACUAGCGGUAAGGCCGCCAAGAAAUCUGGCAAGGCCCAGAAGAACAUCUCCAAGUCCGACUCGAAGAAAAAGAAGAAGCAUAAGCGCAAGGAGAGCUACGCCAUCUACAUCUACAAGGUGCUGAAGCAGGUCCACCCCGACACCGGUAUCUCCAGCAAGGCCAUGUCGAUCAUGAACUCGUUCGUGAACGAUAUCUUCGAGCGCAUCGCCGCCGAGGCCUCACGCCUCGCCCACUACAACAAGAGGUCCACCAUCACCAGCAGGGAGGUGCAGACCUCCGUCAGGCUGCUCCUCCCCGGUGAGCUCGCCAAGCACGCCGUCAGUGAAGGCACCAAGGCCGUCACCAAGUACACCAGCUCCAAGUAAGCGUCGCUCGUUCGUAUUUCGACACGACGCGACACGCUGCAAGAGUGUGGUUUGUACGACAACCAAAAAGGCCCUUUUCAGGGCCACAAAUACGUUCUGAAUAUAAUAUAAAUGGUUUCUAGUCUCACAUACGCUGUCAAUCGGUAUUCAAACUACAAACAAACGUUAUGUUAUUAUGAUAUUUACUACAGUUAGUAGAUCGAUCUAGACGUGUUCAUUACAAAACGAACGAACGAAUGAUACAUAAAUAAAUACAAACACAAUAACAUAAUUGAAAAUACAUAUAUGAUAUAUAUGUAACGUUGAAAUAUUAAGGUCAAAAGUUAUGUUAGGUGAGCACAGUGAGGUUUCAACUAGUUAGGUUACAAUAAGUGAGGUUUGAUAAGGUUAGGUUGUACGAGGUGAGGUUUGAAAAAGUUAGGUUGUACGAGGUGAGG